UUCCGGUCUCCAUGGCAACAGAGCGUGAACGUCUUUGGGUCUUGGAGCAGGCCGGACUGCGUGGAGGAGCUGCACCAGCAAGCCCAGCUCAACCUCCAGAGCCUCCUGCAAGAUUUUGAGGAGCAGUUGUGCGACUCCAAACCGGGUCAAACUUUUCGUCUCCCGUCUUCGUCACAAAGUUCAGAGGAAACAUCUCUGACCCGAUCUCCGGCCUCUCCAGGGUCUCCAGGAAGCUCCGGAAAAAGAACGGACUUCAUAUUUCUGCCGGCGUCGAAGCAGCUGUACGAUGAUGAGACGUCCUCCUCUGUGUUUGGCCUUCGCUCCAUCUUGAACGCCUCCCCCUGUGGAUCAGAGCGCCCCCUGCAGCUCUGGGGCUCUCACAGCACCUCGGGGCCUCCUCCUGUGGCAGAGAAACCGCGCUGGACCCACGGACGAAGGACCCCCGCGCAGCUCCUCCCUCUGGACAUCACAGGUGAGACAGGAGGAGGAGGAGGAGGAGGAGGAGGGAGGUUCCACGGUGUAGAUCUGCUUCAGCACUCCCCCUGCCCCUCCCCCGCAGACCUGCCCCAUCAGCCCCGCUCUCUGGAGCCUGUGACAGACACUCUCCACCAGGGGGCGCCACUGAGGAAGACUCACUCCGACCUGGAAGCCGCCCUGACCCCGGACCCUCCAGAGCAGCGUCACUCGGACCUCUCCCCAGGAGCGAUGGACCAUUCUGGGCUUCUGUGCUCCUGGAACGGCCCCAAAGGCUCCACGUUUUCCCCCGGAGCCUGGAGCGAACCGUACAACCACCACAACCACAACUACCACAGCACCUCCACCAAGGGCCCCGCCGUGCCCCCAAAACAGCACACCGUGGUGGGGGGCUGCAUCCAGGCUCUCCCCACCGAAUCCAGACCUCCGAUCGGGACGAGGAGCGAGACCGAGGGGGGAGAGGCCAGCAGAGGGCGCCAGAGGUCCGCACGCUCCAUCGCAGCUGCUAAUGCUUUCAAAUUCAGAGAGAGAUCGCUGUCCACGCCCACCGAUUCUGACUCUUUUGGGUUUGAUGGACGUUUACCGACAGGAAAUGGAACCAGUGACCAAAGACACAACAACUACCUGGGUGAGAACUACGCGUUACUGUACCCUAGCGGUAGCUCAGAGGAUAGCGCGAGUACGACGGACACGAUUUCAGUUGCUGCUUCAGAUUACAGCAACGAAAGCAGAUUAAGACUGCGCUCCCGAUCCAUCUCGCUGAAAAAGUCCAAACGGAAACCUCCUCCACCAGUACGAAGUGUGUCUCUGAUGAAGAACCUGGGUGAAGCUGAGGGGCGGGUGCACCACGGGAGGGGGCUGUACCGAGACGGGCGACCCAAGAGCCUGCACAUCCCCCGGGACCAGUACCACGACUUCCAACCCGACUUCCUGCUGCCGAGCUCGGGAAGAAACUCGCGCGGAGACGGGGUGGAGGAGAGGAGGGUGGAGAGACCUCCGAGUUUGGAGAUACAAGCGCCCGACCAGGAGGGGGAGACAGAGUUCACCAACCACUGGCAGCUCGGAGAGUGGAAGAAUAACAAUGACCCCUACAGGUCACUCUCCGGUUCGAGCACAGCCACUGGGACCACGGUUCUGGAGUGUAUAAAAGUCAGAGACAGCUCCGAGUCUCUCCGCGAGUCGCCUUCCACCUCCCGAGCCACCUCCCCCUCGCCACUCGCUAUGGAAACCGACCACAAAGGCUCCUCCCCCUUCAGACCGCCGCACGGACUCAUGUCGCCCUCUAGUGGGUACUCCAGCCAAUCCGAGGCCCCUACACCCACUGUGCCGCACCAGCCGGGCACCGUGCACGCCACGGUAACGGGGUGUAAGCUCCGCCCCAAAAUACCAGAAAGAAAAUCAUCACUGCCUUCGCCAAAAGAUCCAGCUGCGCGGUCAAGACUGUCGUUUGAAAUGCCUGGGAACGCACACCUCGAGUUAUCUUCUCUCAAACCAAAGCAGAAAGCAAACCGUCGGCAUUCAGACACAUCUACGGCGGAAAAACCAGGAAAGAUCAGCCCAAGUUCAUCCCAGGCGCUUCCUGUGGUAACGCAAAACGAACUGAAAACCAUACGGCUCCGCUCAGUCUCCCGCGGCGACCUGGAGGACUGUCCCGAUGGUGCGUCCGAUACCAUAGAAGAAGAGCACGGGCGAGAUAUAAGCGAGAAUCCGAGUCCUCCACCUACGCUGCCCAAACCCCGACCGCCAGUCGCGAUCAAACCGCCUUUGCCCAAACGCCCGAUGAACCUCCAGCUGAAGCCCCCCUCACCAUCGUCCACGCCCCUGUCCAACGAUUCUCCACCCGCUUCACCUGUCGACCGCCCUGUCCCGCUCGGAAACAUCUACAAAGUCAUGAAAAAACCUAAACCGAAAAAAACUCCUCCCCAAGUCCCUGCCAGUCCAGAUGUCAACUCCAAUGCAGUCCAAAACUACGAGCACCAGUUCAUGUCUCCUUCAUUGUUUGAUUUGCCUCCUCUCCCCGACCCCCAGCCUCUGCUUGAGGACCCAGGGCUCGAGCCUGAGUUCAACCCUGAUCCGGAGCUGCGUAUGGGGGAUGGAGGCUCGCUGCCAUCCCCUUGUAGCACCCAGGAGCCUCCAGAGCUCCAGGACAAGAGCAGAACUCUGCCCCCUAGAACCAGCAGCUCCUGUGGUGCAGAGGCCCCAGACAAGAAGAAACCCAAGGUUCCUCCUCCCGUCCCUAAGAAACCCAGAUGUGUAAAACCCACAUCAGUCCACUCCUCCAACGGGGGCAGCAGCGAGCGUACCAGCACCCAGGUCGACAGUCCUAUGGGUGCUCGGUCUCCUUUGGGUACCCUCCCGCCUGACGACCGCCCAACCACACCUUAUGUCCCUGAACCUUUACCGACCACCGCCCACGUCCCAGACCCUGUACUGGAGGAGCAACCAGGCGAGUGUCCACGGAGACCAGAGGAGCAGGAGCAACCACACCCACUACAGCACCCAUGGGACUAUCCGCGGGAGCACCCACCCAAAGAAGACCCACCCCCACCCGAGGAACACCCACUUGAAGAGCACCCACACCAGCACCAACAGGAAGAGCACCCAGAGGAGCUACAGGAGGACAGCUCCAAAGAGUCGUCUCUGCAGGACUCCUCCCUCUCGGAGCUGGACCACAAAAUGGCCGCCGCGGACAUCGGAGCAGACGAAAGCACCGUGAGCGAGACGUCAGAGCCACAGGUUUCUGAAGAAGCUGAAGACGUCCUGAGCUGCUCCACCCACACCACAGAAGACCUGUUCACCAUCAUACACAGGUCAAAGAGGAAGGUCCUGGGUCGUAAAGAACCAUCAGACUCUUUCGGGAGCCGCCAGAAUCUCUCGUCUCCGGUGAAGGGCGCCCCCUGCGGCUCAGACCUGCGCAGCUACACCCUGAGCUCCAGCCAGCGCUCCACCUCCAGGAACGAGAACUUCAUGGCUUUGCUCCAGAAGAAAGGAAACAAAUCCUCCUCCUGCGGAACACGAGUGUCCGCCAUGGAACUGCUCCGAAGCACAAACCCGCUAGCGCGCCGCGUCACAGAGUUUAACGCCGGUAACGCUAACGACGAAGCUAAGUCUGCUACCAGCAACUGCAACCAGUGACCAGUGACAGCGCUAACGAAGCUAACGAGGCCAACAAGGCCGCACAAUAUGACCUAGAGACACAGCGCCAUCUAGCGGACAGGGUUGGUCGCUCCAACUCAUCACUGACCAUUUGUGACGUCCAAUCAGAACGCAGAGUUUGGACAAAUGGUCAUAUGGUUGGAGCAAAACAGUCCGGAAAAAGUUCUUCAAAAUAAGCGUAUUCCCACUUAUAUGGAACAAGUAUCGAAGUUCGGAAAAUUUUCAAUGAAAACCAACUUAAAUUAUCUUUAUGGUGGUGAUUUUAUCGUCCCUGUAGCAAAUUGUGUCCCCUGCAUUUGACCCGUCCUUCAGUGUCUCUGGGUUAAACCUGUCAGGAGCAGAGGGACCCAUCUCCAGAUCUUGAGCUUGUCUUUAGCUGGAGGAUUUGACCCAUAAUUGUGCAUGUUUUGGGUCAAUGGACACAGAAAGAACAUGCAAACUCCAACCAGGGACCUUCUCGCUGUGAGGUGGGAAAGCUAACCACUCUGCCACUGCAUCUGCAAAUCUACAAGAGAAGUCGUUUAAAAUGGAAAACGAAACCUCGACCAAAUUUUAUCCAGUGCCAAGCGUCUGAACUAAAAGUGACCAAGGACCUGAAAGUACAACUUAUAUUUUGGUUAUUUCUGCACCAAAACAACAAAACCAGGACUGACCAAACCGGAUUUACAAUUUCAGACCAAUUUUGGUGAUUUUUUUUUUUGCACCAAAGACACAAAAUUUCAUUAAGUUAAAGCGUGGAUUUUAAACAUGACUUUCCACAAAAACGGUGGACCACAAAACGGAAGCACUUUCAUUCAGUUUACACGAAAAAAAAAAAAAAAAAACGCAUCAAAAAUGUUUAUUUCAAGGAUUCUCCAUUUUGUUUUUGCGAAAUAUUAUUCUCGUUAUUUGUUAUUAUUGAAUGCAUAUUGUACAAAGUUUAACCGUAUCUUAACGCAUUUAUGGAGGAGGAGAAAUCGUGGAGGAGACGAACUGAAAAAUAUAAAAUUGUCAUGCAAAAUUCUAUGUUUAAAUGUCGAAAUUGGGCCGUUCCUGUGGAGUUUCUGAACAUAGAGGCAUGAAGCAGGUUCGGCUUUACAGGGUUUUCUAUAGUCCCUCAUGACGGGGCCCAAAGACUACGGUGUCUCGGAGGGGACAGAAGAGCGCGUGGGAGUUUGAGAGGCAGAGGUGACAUUCCGAAAGAGCAUGUUUUCAAAUGCAUGUGUGUGUGUCCCAUUUUACACCUUCUGUUUUGAAAAUCGCCACCUGUAUUUUUGUUGUGCAUUCAAAAAUAGUGAAAUUAAAAUGUUUAUAGUUAAUUUUAUUUUGGUUUCUUCCGUUUCGUUUUUCAUUUGCAUAUUUAGUUUAUCUGCAUUUCAUUAAAAAAAAACAAAAA